AUAGAGAGCAUGGCGUCAAAAUUACUGGCUUGGUCACGCCAAUCCCUACAACGUCGUCCGGUUCUGACCAACACAGUAGUCUACGCAACAUUUUAUACUGCCGCUGAAUUGUCGCAGCAAACCUUCAAUAGAAUUUACUCGCCGGAAAAGCCAGAUUUAGAUGUCGCGGCUGCCGCCCGAAUCGUCUCAGUUGGUAGUACUGUUUACGCACCCACAUUGUACUUUUGGUACAAAUUUUUGGACAAGAAGUUUGCCGGCAACGCGAUCAAAGCCGUAGCGACAAAAGUGGCUUCCGAUCAGUUCAUUAUGACGCCUAUAUUAUUGGCCACGUUUUAUACUUUGUUGGGGAUUUUAGAACGAAGAGAAGAUGUAUUCGAAGAGCUUAAGCAGAAAUACUGGAAGACGUUUAUAGCCAAUCAAGCAUUCUGGAUUCCAGCGCAAACGAUUAACUUUUACUUCAUGCCUUCACAUUUGAGAGUUAUUUACGUAGCCUCAACAUCUUUCGUGUGGAUCAAUAUCCUUUGCUUUAUUAAGAGACAAAAAAACGUAAAAAAACUUGAAGAGAUGCCGUCAUAAUUCGAAAGCGAAGAUUGAUACACAUGGCUUAUAUCUAGAUAUAUUCAUAAUACUUAGUUUAAAUAAAAUUUCAUAUCU